GGCUCUGGUUCUGCUCCAAGUAGUGACAUCGUGGCGUUUUGCGCAUGACAAUCGGCUGCAACGGUCCAGUGACCCCCGCCAAACCCAGCCACUUGCUUCGUACAAUUCAAUCGGCGGGGAUUCUUUUGGCCCGCCGUUCCCGCGUUUAGAACAGCCCGCAGAACGCCAGUUGAAAGAACCAGAGGGGUAGUCUCCUCUUUUCUCCUAGUUCUACAAUCUGAGCCACAACUUGGACUCUUUGAGAGCUUUUCGCCAGUCGCAACUCGCAACAAAAGAAGAACACUUAACAUGGCAAGCCCAGCCCAGUGCUACUUCUGCUUCGAAAGCCUCGCGGCUGCCUAUGAAGACCAAGAUCCCGUGAGCCUCGAGGUGAUAGAGGAGCUGUGGGAGCGACACGAGCAGUUCAAGAAACUCGCCGCUCUCCAGGAGAAUGACGAGUCGGGUUCCCUGAGGGAGGAGGGCGAUGACGAUCUCAACCAACAAAUUGUAGAUGAAGAGACCGGCGAUAACGACGCAGGCUCUCGGUCGAGGAAGGACCCCCCGCAGAAGAUCCAGCUGCCCAGCGUGACUCGGCUUCAGAGCGACUCGAGCUCGGCGACGACGCCGUCCAGCGCAUCCAAUAACUCGUCGCGUUCCGUCCUGUCUAGCUCUACAAAUGUAACCACACCGGGUUCGCAGUCUACGCAGGCUGCCCCGAAAGAACGGCGCUACCCGCUGUUCGUGACUUGGAAUACGUUGUCGAAAAGUGGUCGGAAGUCUCUCCGUGGAUGUAUCGGUACAUUCGAGGCGCAGGACCUUGCCGCGGGUCUGAAGUCCUACGCCCUUACUUCCGCUUUCGAUGACACUCGGUUCUCCCCAAUCCCUGCAUCUCUUCUCCCUGCCCUGUCCUGUUCCUUAACCCUCCUAGGCUCCUUCGAACCGUGCACCAACGCCCUAGACUGGAUCCUAGGCGUCCACGGGAUCCGCAUCUCCUUCAUCCACCGCGGCCGGCGCUACGGCGCCACCUACCUCCCCGACGUCCCCGUGGAGCAAGGCUGGACGAAAGAGCAAACCGUCAAGAGCCUCAUGGACAAAGCCGGAUGGACCGGCUCCACCGAAAGCACCGCCCGGAGGCUCCUCCGCGGCAGUAACAGCUCCGGCAGCAACUCGAGUGCCGGCAAGCCCUGGGAGCAGGUGUCCGACUUCCGAGCGGUCAAGUAUCAGGGUCUCAAGACCGCUGCCACCUACGCCGAGUGGCAGGAGUGGCGCGAAUGGGUUCUGUCUCUGGGAGAUGGGAGCGAGAAGCUCUUGAGUUCGUCCGUAUAAAGCCGUAUGCAUGCACUCGCUGGUCGUCUUUUUAUCUGCAUGCGACCAGGGAAAGUGCCGAUGUGUUCGCGAGUUCUUCGUAUUGUAUAGAUGGUGAUUUCGUUUGGCCGGUGCCUUCGGGGCCUCCAACGCUUUCGAUUUUGGAUGGUUCGGCUUCUCGCCAUAAUGAUGUGACAUGACAAGACUGGCGUAUUGAUUAUUUUUGAUGGUUAUUUUCGGAGCACAAUUAUCUGGUCUAUCUUAUUUCCAUUUUAUUAUCUGCAUAAAUUAUAGGUCUCCACUGGUAGAAUAUAUUUUC